AGAUUCCCCCCAUUUUUAUUUCCCUCUGGUUUUUCUCUGCAUUUUUCUCCAUUCCGCUUUAGCUCUCAUCAUCAGUUCACUAACAAUAAUCAUAGUAGUCAUGAUAAACCCUAAAAAUCUCCACUCAAAUCUUCCUUAGAACUUCACUUCUUCUCCAGCCUUUAUUAGUAUUAUUAUUUUUAUAAUUUUAAAAAGAGAAUUCUUCAUUUUUUCAUUUUAUUUUUCUGUAAAUAUCUUUACAUUUCAGUUUCAAUCGAGAAUAUUCUCUUUUAUAAUCCUUAAAGUUACUGUUUAUGUAACUCUUCUCAGCUUAUACAGUAAAUUUUUGUAAAGUUUUUUUUCCUUCUGUAUUUCUUAAAUCUUCAAUUGGAUCUCUGAAUUUGUUGAAAUAAAAAAAUUGAUUUUCUUUGUUUUGCCGUGUUUUCAAGAGUUGGCAACUUUGGUUGUAAGAUGCUAGCAUUUGAUGUUGGUGAAUUAUGUGACCUUCGGUGGAGAGUGUGAGGCUCUGCGCUGAGCAAAUAGAUGCAGGCAGUUGGCGUUUAGUAGUAAUGAAGAACAUACAGAGCACACAAGAUAAAAAACCCUCAACUCAAGCUUCACAUGAACCAAAAACAGAACCACAAAACAGUCAAACAGCAGAUGGCCCCUUAGCAGAUUCUGGCUCUUUGUCUACUUCAAGCAAUGAUGGCAAAAAAGUUUCACGCCAAGAUAUAGAACUUGUCCAGAAUUUAAUUGAACGAUGUUUACAACUCUAUAUGAGCAGAGAUGAGGUUGUCAAAACCCUCUUGACUCGAGCGAGGAUAGACCCAGGAUUCACAACUUUAGUAUGGCAGAAGCUGGAAGAGGAAAAUGCUGACUUUUUCAGGGCUUAUUAUAUAAGGCUGAAGUUAAAGAAGCAAAUCCUUUUAUUCAACCAUUUGCUUGAGCAUCAAUAUCAUAUGAUGAAAUAUCCUGUGCCUCCAAAGGUUCCUCUGGCCCCAAUACAAAAUGGGAUCCAUCCCAUGCCCGUUAACAAUUUACCAAUGGGAUACCCUGUGCUGCAACAACCUCAAUUUCCAGCUGCAGGGCAACCUCAUAUGGACUCCAUGGGUAUAUCAAGCUGUCAUGUUGUCAAUGGAGUCCCUGCUCCCAGCAACUUUCAACCUAUGCGGAUGAAUUCUGGGAAUGACAUGGUGAUGGACAGCAAUGCCAGUGAUGUAAUGCCUGCAGUUCCACCAACCACUGCCAUGUCAUCUAUGUCAGAGAUGCCUUUGAGCUGUACUUCAGUGGCAUCCAGUGGGAGUUUUCCCUUCAGUGCAUCAGAUAUGUCAGGGAUGGGAGUAGACACAUCAGCACUUGAUUCAGCCUUCACAACAGAUGUGGCAAGUUCAGUAGGAUUGCAGCUGGGACAGGAUAAUGAAGCUGGGAAUUCUAGAGAUUCCUUUAGACCACUUGAUCAGAUUCAGUGGAAUUUCAGUCUCACAGAUCUGACUGCAGACUUGUCAAACUUGGGAGAUCUAGGUGCCCUUGGGAAUUACCCCGGUUCUCCUUUUCUUCCCUCUGAUUCAGAAAUUUUGCUUGAUUCUUCGGAUCAAGAGAAUAUAGUGGAGGAAUUUUUUGUUGAUUCUGUCCCCGAACAGCCGUGCUCUCCGUCUGAUGAAGAUAAAUCCUAGAUAAAGUAAUAGGGAUUGCAGUAGAGUAGAGAAGAGAAUGUCGUUCAUGCAACUAAAAAAACCAACACCGGCGACAGAAAAUUGAUGGGUUGAUUGAAAGGGUUUUAAACGGUUUCCGUAUGCAGAAGUAAGUUCAAUUUUUAUUCUCUUUUCCGUCGAAGGUUUCUUUGGUUUUUUAAUUAAAAUUAUGUGACAUAUCAGUAUUCCAGCAUGUAAUUGUCCAAUCACUAAAAAGAUUGAUGUGUUAAUAGAGAUGAAGCCAUGUAAUCAGGUUAUUGGAAAAUGAUAAAAUGUUGGAACUAAAAAUGAGCAAUUCCAAAAAAGGUAAAAUGAUGAAUUUUGAAAGAGAAUCAGAAAGUAUAAUAUAUAUUUUCUUUAAAAAAAUCACGAGGUAAAAACGAAAGAAGUACAUGCCCUAUGGUGGAUGUUGAGAUUUCUCAUUUGUUUUAGUUAAUAGCUUUCUAGUGCUUCUUCUAUAAAUAAAUGGGAGUAUAGAGUACCAACCUUAAUUCGUAUAUUUUCAACAUUUGGGAGCUUUACUCAUCCGAAUUAAACAAAUAGUCGUAUCUAUCAUUCAGACAUAUGCAUAUUUAUAUCAACCCAACUAGGAGUGAGAAAAGAGGAAUCCACAAUGAAAUCUUAGGUUAGCUCAUCCCCAGCAGACACAUAGGUAUUAGCGAUAAGAAGUAUCUGCCUCUCAUCACCCUCGCAUAACAAUUAAGCAUGCAUUGCAAAAGGAAUGUUAUUUUUCAGCAUAUGAAGAGACAUAAGUAACAAUGCUAUACAUAAAUAUCUUAUCUCUUAGUCACCUUAAGGUGGGUUUACCAAACAUCUCUUUUAUUUACAUUUUUGAAGGUAUAAGAAUAAAAAUCUCUUUACGGGAAAACCCCAUCUUUGUUGAUCUCAUGGACUUGUCGGAGAUCUAUCUCCUUAUCCAAGAAGUUAAAAGUUUAUUCAUCCUUUUGACCACACUUUCGAGACUCCUCAAUCAUGCGAUUUCCACCCUCCCAAGACCCUCAAACCCAAAUCUUGUAUCAACAAA